AUGUCGGAGGACCUGAGCGCUCAACCCUGGUCCAUCCGUAAGGAUGACUAUGAGCUACAGGAGGUGAUAGGGAGCGGAGCCACGGCGGUUGUCCAGGCCGCCUACUGUGUGCCUAGGAAGGAGAAGGUUGCCAUCAAACGCAUCAACCUGGAGAAAUGCCAAACCAGCAUGGAUGAGCUCCUGAAAGAGAUCCAGGCCAUGAGCCAGUGUCAUCACCCCAACAUCGUCUCCUACUACACCUCCUUUGUCGUGAAAGAUGAACUGUGGUUGGUGAUGAAGCUCCUCAGUGGAGGCUCCGUGCUGGACGUGAUCAAACACAUCAUCUCCCAAGGAGAGCACAGGAAUGGAGUGUUGGACGAGGCCAGCAUAGCCACCAUGCUGAAAGAGGUGCUUCAAGGCCUCGAGUACCUGCAUAAAAACGGACAAAUUCACAGGGAUCUGAAAGCAGGAAACAUCCUCCUUGGGGAAGAUGGCUCAGUCCAGAUUGCAGAUUUCGGUGUCAGUGCCUUCCUAGCAACAGGUGGUGACAUCACCAGGAAUAAAGUCAGAAAGACAUUUGUGGGAACGCCAUGCUGGAUGGCUCCAGAGGUGAUGGAGCAGGUGAAGGGUUAUGACUUCAAAGCCGACAUCUGGAGUUUUGGGAUCACGGCCAUAGAGCUGGCGACGGGAGCUGCCCCCUAUCACAAAUAUCCCCCCAUGAAAGUUCUCAUGCUGACCCUGCAGAACGACCCUCCCUGUCUGGAGACCGGCAUUGCGGACAAAGAGCUGGUGAAAAAAUACGGCAAAUCCUUCAGGAAGAUGAUUUCGCUGUGCCUGCAGAAAGAUCCGGAAAAAAGGCCAACAUCAUCAGAGCUCUUAAAACAUAAAUUCUUCCAGAAAGCAAAGAAUAAUGAAUAUUUACAGGAGAGGUUAAUACAGAAGGCACCCACAAUAAGAGACAGGUCAAGAAAGGUGAGGCGGGUGCCGGGCUCCAGCGGGCGGCUGCAUAAAACAGAAGAUGGAGAGUGGGAGUGGAGUGAUGAUGAGCUGGAUGAGGAGAGUGAAGAGGGCAAAGCCGCCGUGGCUGCUUUACGGGACCCGCAGGCCAAGUCAGUCAGCACACCCAGACGACAAGUCCGCUUCUCUCAGCCUCUUGAGCAGCCCCCAGCGAGGUCUCCCAGGGUGAAAGAGGCUCCCUCGGAGGUGUUCCAGGCACCAGAGUCUUUAAGUAGUAAUCUUCCACCUGUGGCUCCAGGCCAACCAGACCUACCUCAUGCCCCAAGCCAGGCUUCUGUGCCAGCAGCCCAGCCUAAUACUCUACCCGCUGCCCAGGCUCCCAACCCUUCACAAGGCCCGCCUGCACAAGCCCAGGGCCUGGUACCCGCAGGCAACGCUGCCAGAGGUCCCAUCAGCCUAGUGUUAAGGUUAAGAAACCUGAAAAAGGAACUCAAUGACAUUCGAUUUGAGUUUGUGCCUGGCAGAGACACUGCAGACGGAGUAUCCCAAGAGUUGGUGUCGGCAGGCUUGGUGGAUGGGAGGGAUUUAGUCAUUGUUGCUGCUAAUUUGCAGAAGAUUGUUGACGAGCCUCAAGCCAAUAGGAAUGUCACUUUUAAGCUGGCUUCCGGGGUUGAAGGUUCUGAAAUUCCUGACGACGUCAAACUCAUGGGAUUUGCUCAGCUCAGCAUAAGUUAA